ACCAGUAGGGAAGAUACUGGCAGUGGAUGGAAGCAGGAAUAAUGGGUGUGCACGACCCAAUGGAGAGUGGGUGCAGCGGACGGGAGAGGGGAGGGUAAGUAUGUAAGUAAGUAUGUAGAUAGUUGAGGGAGUGUUUUGCGAGUUGAAGCUCAGUACACAGUAUAUGAUGGAAGGAUGGAUUGAUGGAUUGCGUCAAAGGAGCAGUCUGAGUGGUUGGAUGGAUUGAAUGGUGGAUUGGGUUGAUGGCUGUGGAUUGGUGGAGGAUGGAUGGAGAGUGAUGAGUGGUUGGGAGAUGAAAAGGCGAAUAAUAACUAAGAAGGCGGCGGAUGUCCGAGUUGGGAGCGGCAGAGUGGCAGAGUGGCAGAACAGCGGCGGGGAAGAGCGAAGACUACCAGAUGAGACGCAAGAGGAGGACGGACGGGUGAUGGCACUCAACAAGACUCAGAGUACAGAAGAGAGAAGAGAGAGGGGGUGGACGUCUCUACUGUCAGUACGGAGUACUUGCUUGCUUGUUUUGCUGGCUGGCGGACAGGCUGGCUGGCUGGCUGGCUGGCUGGCUGGCUGGAUGGCUAAUUCUUCAAGUCAGACGGUGGUGCUCUGUUACAAUUGCGACAACAGUACGACGUCUCCCUCAUCCUUCCUCUAUUGUAUAAGAAAUCCAUACAUACAUGAUGCUCGCACUCGUAGGGUUACAGGGCUUGUUUACCUGUUGACGAUCAAAAGACGCGAGCGACUCAAUAAAAGGCGUCCGCCGUUCGUCGUUGGUCGCCGGUCGUGAAUAAUUCUCGCGAUUUGCCAAUCGGAUGGGAGGAUGCCCAAAACAAAGCGGACGAACCACGCGCCAGCAAUCGAUCUCCUUCUUGGUCAAGACAGGGACUGCGCACCAAUGCCCUACGCGAUAGGAUGUUUCAAACAAACAAGUCAAGGUCGACCGUAAGGCUCAAGGCUCAAGCUUAUAUUCGUGCUUGUCCACCGAUACGGAGGUGACCG